UUGAUAGUGAGUUUUGAUGUGUUUGGGAAUCCCAAUAUAGUUAAGCCCAAACAAUUAUUAUCAAUCCAAAAUUUUGUGAGCCUUGGAAGAGAAAAAAAAUCGGCCCGAGUUUUUUCGUUGGAUGAAAAAAAAUCGGCCCGAGUUUUUUCAAAAAAAAUCGGCCCGAGUUUUUUCAAAAAAAUCGGCCCGAGGUUUUUCGUUGGAUGAAAAAAAUCGGGCCGAGUUUUUUCAAAAAAUCGGCCCGAGUUUUUUCAAAAAAAUCGGCCCGAGGUUUUUCGUUGGAUGAAAAAAAAAUCGGGCCGAGUUUUUUCAAAAAAAAAUCGGGCCGAGGUUUUUCAAAAAAAAUCGGGCCGAGGUUUUUCGUUGGAUGAAAAAAAAUCGGGCCGAGUUUUUCAAAUGAAAAAAUCGGGCCGAGUUUUUCGUUGGAUGAAAAAAUCGGGCCGAGGUUUUUCAAAAAAAAUCGGGCCGAGGUUUUUCGUUGGAUGAAAAAAAAUCGGGCCGAUGUUUUUCAAAUGAAAAAAUCGGGCCGAGUUUUUUCGUUGGAUGAAAAAAAUCGGGCCGAGGUUUUUCAAAAAAAUCGGGCCGAGUUUUUUCAAAAAAAUCGGGCCGAGUUUUUUCAAAAAAUCGGGCCGAGUUUUUUCAAAAAAAAUCGGGCCGAGGUUUUUCAAAUGAAAAAAUCGGCCCGAGUUUUUUCGUUGGAUAAAAAAAAUCGGACCGAAUGAAUCAAUGAAAAUAAUCAGAGGGCGGCGGAGUUUACUGUACUUUGGUUUUAUCUUCCACGGCUCUGAAAAUGUCAGAUGGAACAUAGAAGCUUAUACUCAGAAAAUAAGGCAGCAUUUCUUUUCUCUCUGGAUAUGGAUUUUUUGGAUAUAGAUUUUAGAUUUUCGGAACAGUUUCGCCAAAAAAUGUCUUGAUUGAAAGAGGUUAAUCCAAAUUUUCUACGUCUCAAAAACUGAAGCACAACAUUUGGCGAAACUGUUCCGAUAAGCUUUCGGAAACAGUUUCGCCAAAUGUUGUGCUUCAGUUUUUGAGACGUAGAAAAUUUGGAUUAACCUCUUUCAAUCAAGAAAUUUUUUCGCACAUUUUUUAAAACCAUUUUUGUCAAUUUUCUUCAGAAAUUUUAAAAAUCAUACCUAGCGGAGAAAGAAUUCAACGAAAAUCAAAAUUUCGGUUUUUGUUGAAAGAAUCUUUUCCAACUUUUCAAAAACUACAACUCUGUCGUAUUUUAAGACGAAACAUGUUUCUGUUUACACCUAAAGAAAACUACGCGCGAAGCCGGGACAAUCCAGAAGGAGGAGCCGGCGUUAGCCGGCGGAGCCCUUCUGGUAAUCUCUAAUUUUCAUCAAACAAAAUCAGUUGAAGUUUGCAAAGAAUGUCAGAAAUUAUCGCAAAGAUAUUUACGCCACCAAAAUCCAAAAAUUCAGCCCUGCGAUGAUUUUUAUGAAUUUGCCUGUGGAAAUUAUGCCAAAACAAAUCCUAUAGGAAAAUCCGAGCAGAUUAGAAGUGAUGUGCUUUUUGAAAUGAAAACUGAGUUGGACAAAUUCAUCAAAAAAUCCCUGGAAAAUUUCGAGCCAAGAUCUGAAGGAGCUCUGAUUCAUUAUGAAGCUUGUAGAAAAUAUCAGAAAGAUCUAGGAGAUUUUAGAUAUCUGAUUGGAAACUUCAGUGAAAGCUCCGGAUCUUGGGAAUCUGUUUCUGGAAAUCUUUCAAGACUUGGAAUUCAUCCAAUAAUUCGAAAUCUGGUUCUCGUGUCUUUUGGAGAAGAAGAUCGAAAUGAAUUGAUGUUCGCAGACCCCAAGGAUUACCUGAAUUCAUCUCAGGUUCUUCUAGACGCCCAUGACCUUCUAGAAAGCCUAGAAGUCAAUGAGACUGAUAUUCAGGAGUUCCAAACAUUUCUGAAAUCUUCGAGUAAACUUCGAAGAGAAAUUCAAGACUUCAGCUAUAUAAACAUCUCAAGUUUCGGAGAUUUUAAGGAAAAUUUUGGGAGCAUAAAAUUUGAUGAGAUGUUUGGGGAGCUCUCAGAUUCUACAAUUGUUAAUAAUUUGAACUGGCCAUUUUUUGAAGCCCUGAAUUCGAAAAUCAAUAGAUUUUCUCAGAAAACAAUCAAAGAUUAUCUGAUUUUGAGUCUGAUAAAAGAAAUGAAAAAAUAUAUGGAGCAAGAUUGUCUGAGUCAAAUCAAGCAACUUUUUCCAUUUUUUAUUUUGAAAAAAAUCAUUUUACCAAAGAAGUUUGAGGAAACCAAAACCGGGGCUGAAAAUCUGGUAAAAUUGAUCAAAAAUAAAAUGAUGACUCGAAUAAGAAAAGAGGAAUGGAUUGAAAAUAAUGAUACAAGAUCGAGAGCUUUCGACAAAAUCGAGGCGAUGACUGAAAAUUUCGGAUUUUUAGAAAAUGAAGAUGUUCAGGAAGAAAAUGUGAAGAAUUUGAAGCCUGAUGAGUUUUUCGAGAAUAUUUUCAAGAUCAAAAAUUGGAUGUUUCAGGGAGAUAUUUUGAGACUUGGGAAAAAGGCAAAGCCGGAUUUGAGGCCCAAGAUUUUAGGUGAGCUUGAACAUGAUUAGACCUCACCAAAGUCUCUGAAUUUCAGAUGUUCAAGCAUUCUACAUUCCCACUUAUAACCAGAUGUUUUUCACCGCUCCAAUUCUAACCCCACCACUUUUCGCACCAAAUUCUCCACCAUUUAUCACUUUUGGUGCUCUAGGAACAGCAAUCGGGCAUGAAAUAACUCACGGAUUCGAUAAUCGCGGCUCGAAAUUCAAUAAACAUGGAAAAUCGGAGAAUUGGUGGGAUGAGGAGACGAGUCAGAAAUUCGAAAAUCGAACUGAAUGCAUCAGGGAACAAUAUCAUAAAGCGACUGAAGAAUUCAUGGGGAGGAAGUUAGAGGAACUUGAGGUGCCGGGGAAUUUGUUGGGGGAAAAUAUUGCGGAUAAUGGUGGAUUGAGAUUGGCUUAUAGGGUUUUUGAGAAGCAGAUGGAGAAAGAUGGGAGGAAGCUGGAAGGAUUUGAAGAUUAUAGUUUGGAGCAAAUGUUUUUUAUUGUUUAUGCUAAUGUGAGUUGGCCUGACUUGAAUGAAGGGACCUUUUAAGUUAACUAUGACGUGGCAAAUCUUAAAGAUCUCUACGUCAUUAAAGUACCUUAAGGUCCGCUUAAGGAACCUUAAGGAUUUGUAUCUAACCAGCAUGCUCGAGAUAAAAUUUUGAAAAAUGUUUUCCCAACUUCUCAAAACUUUGAAACAGUGCAAUUUUUCUGAACAAGAAAAUUGAUUUUUUUUAAUCCACGUGGCAUGGUUUCUCAAAUUUUCAUCUGGAAAAGGCACUUUUUGCAAUUCCUCUGAUUCUGAGCCCCAAACUUUUUCAGAAUUUCUGCGAAACCAUAAAUCCUUCAAAAAUCGAUGAAUAUCUCUCCAAUGAAUCGCAUUCAUUCGGGAAACUUCGUGUAAAUUUGCCAUUGAAAAAUUUCCAUGAAUUCGCACAGGUUUUCAAUUGCUCCAAAGAAUCAGCAAUGAGAGCGGAGAAUAAGUGUAGGGUUUGGUAG